AGAGGAGUAUCGCAAGCUGGUGAAGAAGCUUUAUAUUGCAAGUAGUAGCAUUAGACGUCAAUUUUUGGAAAAUUCAAAAAAGCACCAUGUCUAAGAUGAGCUAUGAGCAUGUUCCCCUAAGAAAACCAUUUGAAUAUCGACCAUGGCACAAAAUGUUGGACGCUAGGGCUGAGCAGUGUCCAGAUACUGAAGCAGUGGUCAUGUAUGACAUGGAUAAGAAUCGAUCGACUAUGACGUUCGCUUUGUAUAGGGACAGUUCCAUGUACCUGGCAGCUUCUCUACUCGAGCUGGGUUUGCUGCGCGGUCAAAAUGUUUUAAUGAUAAGCGGAAMGAGCCUCCAAUGUAUGGUAUUUACAAUGGCACUUUCCCGUAUUGGUGCUAAUAACAUCUUAGUUGGUCCAGGAARCCUAACACAAGAYAAAGUUAACUUGCUGAAGAGGCUCCAUUGUAAAAUGAUUGCAUACGAUCCCCACAUGAAGGAAACUCAGAGGAAGCAAUUAUUUCAGGGAAUCAAUCAACUGUCACAGUUCGAUAACAAGAACGAAAAACCGAUUCUUAUUUCGUUGACCUCCGAGGAAGGGGAGUUGUCUAGCGAAAAUUGCCAUGCUUAUGAGAACCUUUUGGAACUUGGGAGGCAUCAAGAUCCACAGAAACUAAAAGAAGCUGAAAACGAAGUUCAGUUUGAUGAUGCUAUCCUGGCCAUAUUCACAUCUGGAAGCACCGGCAGCCCAAAGGUUGUUCAACAUACAAUUCAUUCCUUGGUAAACGUUUUUGCUGAAACUGCCCUUUCUCAGUUGCCAUGUAACAAAAUAUACAACGAUCGGCCAUUUUCCUGGCUAGGKGGAUACAUCUUCUGUAAUUCAUCACUUUGCACAAAUAUGAUUCCAGUAUGCGUACCAACUGAAAUGGCUCUCUCUGAAACAACCAACGAAAAUGUCUUUGAGAUUAUGGAGAAGGAAAAGUGCACAAUGUUUYAUAUUAACACUGCCUUAAUCCACAAACUAUACACGGAGAAGUUGCACUUGAAAUACAAUCUUAGUCACAUCCAAGUUUUUAGUCUGGGUGGYCAACGCUUUAGCCUAGACAUUAUAGCAAARYUGUAUGAUAUUUYCCCUUCUUCAAAGGUUUUUCUGUMUUACGGYUGCUCUGARUCUCUUAGAAUUUCGGMGGAUAUGAUGGAUGUGGAAAACGCAGUCGAAGGGAAGUUUGGCAAAAUGUCAAUCAUUCCAGGAGUCGAAGUAAAAGUCGUCGACGAAAGCGAAAAAGUAGUUUCAAGAGGUAUGUUAAUAUGCUCAAAUGGUGGUUAUUGUCAGCUGUGA